CCGAGAAAUAAACCAAGUUUUAGGUCACCCUGUACACGUACGAAAGCGCGCCGCCGCCGUCGCCGCCAGCGUUAUAACUGUAGUUAUCGAGUGGCCAGGAGCAUCACUCGUAACCGAGUAGUCCCACUGACAAGUACUACGAUAACCGAAAGGUCAUUAGUUUAGUGUCUUCCCGAAGAAGGAGAAACACGCAUGAGAAUGUCUCUACCAGCGAUGGUUCACUCGCAUUGGUGGGAAGAUCUCAAGCAACCCCACACCCUCCGAGAUCAACACUUUGCGGAUGGUAUUCAUCACGGCGCCCUGCACAAGGUCCAACGACAUCUAGCCACGCCAUCGUCAUACUUAUAUCACGUCGCUCGACGUGCUGACAAUCCGGUGAGUCAUCAGAGGAACUGGGUGGUGGGUCCUGCCCAUAAUGCACCGGCUGUAACGCCAAACAAGGAAUUCUAUCAAGCAUCCCUGGACGUUCCGCAAUUUGCACCCGAGGAGAUAACGGUGAAGGUCUCGGGUCGAUCUGUCAAUGUUGAGGGUAAACACGACGACAAGAAGGACGAGCAUGGCUGGAUCUCCAGGCAGUUCUGCAGGAGGUACGACAUCCCGGAGGAGUUCGACAUUGAUCACAUCCAGUGCACAUUUUCAUCAGACGGCGUCCUCUCCGUCAUCGUGCCAGCCAAGGUCGAGGGAGAGAGGAGUAUUCCUAUUGUGCAGACUGGCAAGCCAGCUGUCGCCCUCCCAGGAUCCAGGACUGACAUCCCCAAGCGCGAGGCCAGGAGCCUCGAAGCGGAGGAUCUGCACUAGAUCUGGCCGUUAAUCUUCAUGUUCAUUCGUCCACCAUACCGAGUUUAUAAGUGGAUUUUUUUUUACAAAUGAAUGGGUGAAGUUGUUCAGGUCCAGAUUUCAGUAUUGCAAUUGUAGUUUUAACUAUUUGAAAAUUCCAAUGCCAACAAUAACAGGGAGGUCGAGAUCGACAAGCGCCGGACGUGAAUACUGCGUAAUUUUUGGAGAUCCAUACUGUGUAAUACGUAACCCGUUCAUAAUGUUUUAUUUAGACGCUUGGAAAGGGGGGAGACUGUCAGGUAAUUUUUUUUACAAUGAAAUGGAUGUCAUUCAAAGCUUGAUCCCCUUACCAAGGGUUCUAAGGGAACUUGUAACGUCGCAGUAGGUCCUAGAAACAUCUAGAAUCGUAUGGGCCAUUGUGGAAAGUAUAAGUAAUUAGAAAAUUCUGGAAGGAAUAUCAACUCUCAGUUAAACUCACUACAAUACGCCAGUAUUUCUAUUUUUAAGCAAAUGAGGAUAUCAAUACAUUGUAAUUUGAUCAUUUUAUAAUGAACAUUUAUGCAAUAUCAUUAUCUUUAUCGUUUGUAAAUUUGCUACUCAAAAAGGGAAGAAAUAGCUAUCUGAUUCAAAACCUUGUCUCAAAUAAAUAUGAAAGUGACGCAGUAAUAAUUUAGAUUCGAGAACAAUAAGGUCUCGUUAAAAACUAAAGAUAUGUUUGGUAUGACAUUGUAUUGAUCCCACUGAAGAAAAAGUAUGUGCAACAAAUAAAAGUUGACUGUUCAGAAUA